CGAAAACGGGACAAAAACGAAAUUGCUUCACAUGCUCGAGCUGGUAGAUAAAGAAAGUUAGCAAUUUUUGAAGGCAAGUUAUUAGCUUUAUUACGAGUGAACUUUCGGUUGAUCUAACAAGUGCGAUUCAUUUAUCAAUACAAAAAACUGAAGAACCUUGUGGCUGUUUUCCGCAACAAAGCUCAAUCUGGUCGCACUGCUUCCUGACCGUCCGACCGUUGCGCACCAGCAGCGAAACAGGUUCUCGGCUUAACAUUUCACUGCCACAGUGCGGGGAUCAUUCGGCAAAGUCGCGUUGAACGGUGCAGACCGGACAGUGAAUAACGCCGCGCGUGCGAGAGAGAGAAAUUCAAGUGUGUUUUCCUCCUAACCCAAUCAGACACUGGAGUAACGAAUUCGGUUGAACUGUUCAGUGGCAAAAAAAAAAUUCCAGCAUAAGUGUGAGAAAUAUGAAAGUUUCAGCCUAAAGUGUGUGAAAUGGCCGGUCAAAAAUUUUUCCACGGCCUCACAGAGGCCAUGAUUAACCGAGUGUCCGAAGUACCCGAUAGACAGAAGUCGAGUUUUUUCUGGCCCGAUGAGUACAGGGAGGAUCCUCAGGAGGCGUAUCAAACCAGCAGUCGUAGACAAUCUACUACGUCCUCGACGCCCAACACGGGCUGUGCUAGUCCGGCCAGUGAACUGGACACUACAGACACACCCAAGCAACGACAUCGUGGAAAUGCUCGUUCACAUAUCGAAUUUUACGACGACUAUGAGUCGUCAUUUUCCCAGUUAGAACGCGAAAGACAACGAGAAAAACUAAGAAUAGCCGCUUUUCUCCGGGAGCAAGAUGACGAUGUCAGCGAGGCAGCAAAAACUCGUCGUCAGAAUACACUCAAGUCCAACUUUUCUUUCAACGAUUUUCCCGAAACACCAGAAGAAAAAACCACGCAAAAGCCACCCAUCAAACCAACCAACGGACACCAUCAUCAGCCAAUGGCUGCAACAACUCCAGAUCACGAAGAUCCGUUACGAACAAGCCCACUACCCAAUUAUAAUGGAGGCUUGCAACGUAGGCAGCAGUAUUCGCCGGCUUCCUCCGAGUACCACUAUUCAGCUCGCUACACCGGAAGCUACGAUGACUUUGAGGACGAUCGAAGUUACAAAUCGAACGACUUCAAUUACGGCAACUUCAGCCCGCCGGGAACCCCAUCGAGUGCGGAUCUGAACGAACACAAACGACUAUCCCAGAGGCAUCUGCGGUCCAGCAUAAACUUCGCCAACGGCGUGGCGGUUGCCGACGAAGACGAAUGCGCUCGGAAACCGGCCACGGUGCGUGAUUCCGCCACAGAACGCGUGGGUGUUGGAUUACCAAAUUUGUAGAUAGCAGCAAAUGACAACCAAACUAUACGGAACGAUGGAGGGGGGUUUGGGUUGAGGGCAACGGGGCAGUCGAAUGAACGUGGAGGCGAAUCGGUGAGCUAAUAAGGCGCAUAGCAAACAUUUUUGAUGGCAACCUACUAUGAAACUGAUUUUUUUUCUGGUGUGGUGUUAUUUUCAUUUCUCGUUGCAUAUAAAUAUCGCCGUCGUCUGAUGCAGGGCGCGCGCUCUGCAACGGCAGGCCAAUUCGAGUGAAUGGAGAAUACAAUCGUUUGCGGAAGCAUCCCAAGUUCGGCAUCUUUUUUUCUUGGUGUCAAAAUAUGGAAGAAAAAAUAAUAGCUAUAUAAAUAAAACACAGCUUUUCGAAGAAACCCGGGCAUUACCAUUGUCGCUCGAUAGAAUAAAUGAAAGAGAGAAGCCGAAUUUUUAAUUAGUUUGAGCGGAACAAACAAGCAGCUGCAAACCAGUUUCAUGCUUCGAGUAUUUCGGAUAAUCACUCGAGAUAAACUGUUUGCAUGACAUUACUAGGUGAAUUUGAAAAAAAAAAUAAUAAAAAUGCUAUUUCGUAAUUAUUGAAAAACGUUCAAAUUAUUUACAGUAAAACAAACAGUUUAAAAAUUAUUUCAAGCUAAACCAAACGUGCAAAAGUAAAAAUUUAAUCUUAACGUGUUUAACUUGUGGAGUGCUUGAAGAGUUUUUCUAACUGUGGUUAAGUUCCAGCAUGUGGAGUUUGUCUGCUGUAAGAGAUUUGCUCGGAAUCAUUUCUUCUAGUGUACGGUAUUAACUAACAAAUAGUUUAAAUGUGAUUGUUCGGCUUCUCUCAAGCAUUCGUUACCACAUUCCACAAAUAUUUCUUAAAUAUCCAAAGCGACUAAGAGUUUGUAAUAUUAAAAGAACAUAAAAUAUUAUCAGUAAUAUUGAUUCAAAACUCGUUUUUUUCUCAUCCCCAAAUCAGCAAACUGGAACAGAUUAUGAAAAACAACGUGAUUCUUUUUGACCGAGAGUUUCAGCACAAUAUUUUCGUUAGAAUGAUGUGAGAGCAGCGUUCUUGUCGCCGGAUUUGAAUCUACUUAUGGUGACUUAAAAAAAACUUGUUUUCCUGGCUCUGUUUUCGGUAACUUAUUGUACGUUUUUGAUCGGUUGAUUUGAACACAAUUUCUGAAAUAACAUCAAUUACUGGCAUUUUAGAAAUCCAAAAAUGUUCAAGUUCUAGAGAAGAGCAUUGUUGACGCCAUACUACACUUAGUUUUCUAAUGAGUUUUAUGUCAAGUUAACGGUGAUCCCUCAAGAUGUGGAAGAUAAUGUGCAUUAUUUAAACAAUAAAUUUUGAAUUGAAUACUCAAUUGAAAAUUUUUGAAUUAGUUUUGAAUGUUCGUUUAGUCUCGUACAUUUUUCGCGUUUUUAGCCAGUUAUCGUUUCCAAUUCAACCAAACUUAGCCUUCUGUUAACUGAUGUAAAGACACCUCCUAAUAUUUGAUAAAUUGCACAACAGUCAAGUGGUUAACUCUUGUAGUCUUGCAUAAGUUGUAGAGCAGCUUUGGGAAUGAUAACUAAGCUGCUUUGAAAUGAAUUCGAAUAGCUUUAUUAUGCUUUGAUAUCAUCAACAAAAAGCCUAAUUGGGCUCUCCACUGCCUGACAGGAAUCGUAAUCAAUCCUCUCUCACACAUGUACGAUAUCUAUCGGAAAAACGCAAAAACCAUGAUUCGUAGCAAAAUUUUAUAACAGACUAUGUAGUCUACUAAACCUACUGCGUGAUCAAAAAUAGUUUUUACAGAUUUUUUUAUAGCAAAUAUGAAACCAUUGAUUGAGCAUAAAACAGUAUGUUUUUCAAAACAGAGUUUUUAAGAGCGAGUUCGCGAGAGGCGCAACCGCAUGUUGUUUUGAUGUUCUCCGAUUGGGCUGAAAUUUUCAGCGCUUGUUUGUCUAUUCAAGGUAGGAAGUUUUGCAAAAUUUCAUUUUUUUUCAUUGAGGUUAAGUGGGAUAAACGGCCCUUGAGCAUAAUAUGUCCAGAAACGUCCAAAUACUAAAAAGUGCAAAGCUCCUGCUAGUCUUGAUAGAUUUUUCUAAAAAUUUGUGGUAUUUUUCUACACUAAGAAUACAUCAAAACGCAAGGUCACAGUAUAUGGCAAAAAGGUAACAUGACGAAAAAAUGCAUUUUUCUUUUAAAAAUUGUCAACUUGUCAGGGUCUUCCUACUCUUCUCAACAUCGCUAGAAAAAAUAUCUAAAUAAAGCGUUUUGUAGUGCAACUCAAGAACUUUAAUGUCAUGUAUAAGCCAAGUGUGCCAAAUGGGGUGAAACGGCCCUGGAAGUUUUUUUUUUAAACCGUCAAAAUCACUAGAAUCGCUAUAUUUCCUGCUGGACUUAAUAGAUUUUGCUGAAAAUUUGGACAAACUGUUGUUUUUUCACUCCAAUGUAUAAAUUUUGUAAAUUUUCAGGUCGAUCUGCAGAACAAUACGAUUGCGCCUGAUUUUUUUAAGUUUUCAUACGGUUUUAUAUGGAAAGAUACACUUUUCCAAAACUUGUUCUCCGAAGAUGUCCAGUUAGCCCUUAGAAAUAUAUCGGUACAUAACAUUUAUAGACAAUCUCCCUAGGGAAAAUUCUUUUGAAGAUCGUAAGGUGCUACGGUGCUUGUAAAGAGAGUUAUUUAGGGACCAUACUUAAAUGACGUAGCAUUGAUGGGGGAGGGGGGAUAUCAUCGUU